UUCUGUAUAAGCUUUAUUGCAUUUAAUAAUAUUUUUGCUAAUUUUACAAUAAAAAUAGAAUGUCAGGAGAAGGUCCAGCCGUUGGUAUUGACUUGGGAACAACAUAUUCUUGUGUUGCCGUAUGGAAGCAUGAUGCUGUAGAAAUUAUUCCAAAUGAUCAGGGUAAUAGAACAACCCCAUCUUAUGUUGCAUUUACUGAUUCUGAACGUUUAAUUGGUGAUGCAGCUAAGAAUCAAGUUGCUCGUAACCCAGAAAAUACUGUAUUCGAUGCUAAACGUUUAAUUGGUAGGAAAUUUGAUGAUCAAGCCGUUCAAAGUGACAUGACACAUUGGCCAUUCAAGGUUGCUCGUGGCCCUAAAGAUAAACCAAUUAUUAAAAUUACCUACUUAGGUGAGACAAAGGAAUUCCAUGCUGAAGAAAUUUCAGCUAUGGUCUUACAAAAGAUGAAGGAGAUUUCUGAAGCUUACCUUGGUAAGACAGUUAAGAAUGCUGUAGUUACAGUUCCUGCCUAUUUCAAUGAUUCACAACGUCAAGCUACAAAGGAUGCUGGUGCAAUUGCUGGUUUGAAUGUCAUGCGUAUUAUUAAUGAACCUACAGCUGCUGCUAUAGCUUAUGGUCUUGAUAAGAAAGGUACUGGUGAAAGAAAUGUGUUGAUUUUCGAUUUAGGCGGUGGUACAUUUGAUGUAUCAUUACUUACUAUUGAAGAUGGUAUCUUUGAAGUAAAGGCAACAGCUGGUGAUACACAUCUUGGUGGUGAGGACUUUGAUAAUAGAUUAGUUGAAUUCUGUGUCCAAGAUUUUAAGCGUAAGAAUCGUGGUCUUGAUUUAACUACUAAUGCCCGUGCUUUGAGAAGAUUAAGAACCCAGUGUGAACGUGCAAAGAGAACACUUUCUUCAUCUACUCAAGCAACAAUUGAAUUGGAUUCUUUGUUCGAAGGUAUUGAUUACUUUGUAUCAAUAAGUCGUGCAAGAUUUGAGGAACUUUGUUCUGAUUAUUUCCGUGGCACAUUAGCUCCAGUAGAGAAAGUAUUAAAAGAUUCUGGAAUGGAUAAGAGAUCAGUACAUGAUGUUGUAUUAGUAGGUGGUUCAACCCGUAUUCCAAAGGUACAACAAUUAAUUCAAGAAUUCUUUAAUGGUAAGGAACCAUGCAAGGCAAUUAAUCCAGAUGAAGCUGUUGCUUAUGGUGCUGCAGUUCAAGCAGCAAUCUUAAAUGGUGAACAGUCAUCAGUAGUACAAGAUUUAUUGUUAUUGGAUGUUGCUCCACUAUCUUUAGGUUUGGAAACAGCAGGUGGUGUUAUGACAAAACUUAUUGAACGUAAUACUACUAUUCCAGCAAAGAAAACUCAAGUAUUCACAACAUAUGCUGAUAACCAGAGUGGUGUACUUAUUCAAGUAUUUGAAGGUGAACGUGCAAUGACAAAAGAUAAUCACUUACUAGGUAAAUUCCAUUUAGAUAGUAUUCCACCAGCUCCACGUGGUGUACCACAAAUUGAAGUGACUUUUGAUAUUGAUGCAAAUGGCAUUUUAAAUGUAUCAGCAGUUGACAAGAGUACCGGUAAGAGCAGCAAGAUUACCAUUACUAAUGAUAAAGGUCGUUUAUCAAAGGAAGAUAUUGAACGUAUGGUUAAUGAUGCUGAGAAAUAUAAAAAUGAGGAUGAACAGAAUCGUGAGAAGAUUGAGGCUAAGAAUUCUUUAGAGAAUUAUUUGUACAAUAUGAGGAAUACUAUUCAAGAGACUAAAGUAAAAGAAAAGUUGUCUCCAAGUGAACUAGAACAAGCAGAGUCUAAAAUUAAGGAGGUACUUGAUUGGUUAGAGCGUAAUCAAACUGCAGAGAAGGAUGAAUUUGAACACCAACAGAAGGAAAUUGAAGCUUUAAUGAAUCCAUUAAUGAUGAAGAUUUAUGCUGCUGAUGGUGCUGCAGGUGGUAUGCCAGGAGGUAUGCCAGGAGGUAUGCCAGGUGGUAUGCCAGGUGGUAUGCCAGGUGGUAUGCCAGGUGGUAUGCCAGGAGGUAUGCCAGGUGGUAUGCCAGGAGGUAUGCCAGGUGGUAUGCCAGGAGGUAUGCCAGGAGGUAUGCCAGGUGGUCCAACUGUUGAAGAAGUUGACUAAAUGCUACUUAUUGAAUAUCUAUUAAGGUAUAGAGGAUUUCCUUUGCAAUAUGAAGGACUUUUUUUUUCUCAAUUUGCCAAUUAUCAACAACCUUAUUACUAGAGAAUAAAAAUUCAAUAGUUAAUAUUAGUUAGAAGUAGUAACUAUUUUAAUAUCAAUAAAAAUAGCAUCUAAUUAAACGGCUUAAUAAUUAAAAGCUCUAAUCUAAGAACUGUUCUAAUAAUAGGAAAUUAUGCUCUAUAGUAUUUAAUUUUUAUGGAAAGGCAAAGUUUAUGACCAUAAGUCAGCUCUUAUUUAAACUGAUUUAUAGUACAUAUUAUACAGUUUUUGGGAGUGUAGAAUUUGGACUAAUUGGGUAAUUGAGAUAUUUCUGUUAAUUCUAACACAUUAUUAGCAAAAAUAUCUUGAUGUUUCCCCUAAUUUUUCUUUAUUUUAUAUUAUAAAUAUUAAUAUUGGAAUAAAUACUCAAGGCUAAGAUCUUUAAUAAGAGCACUUUUUAGAUGAAUUUUAAAAGUAAUACAUUAAUAUUUAUUUAGUGAAGUAAUAAGUUU